AUGAGAGAGGGAUCAUGUGAGGAUGGUAGGGGUUCUGAUGCUGUUGAAGAAGAGGAUGAGGGGAGUGAGACCUCUAAUGAUGAUGACUAUGAACCUAGGGGGAGUGAAAGUUCAUGGAGUUCUGAGUCAAUUGCUAGGAAUGCAUCAGAUCACAGUCUUGACUUUGGUGACAGUGAUGAUGAUAGGGAGGGAACUGAAGGAUUAGUUGAUCCAGCUGCACCAAAUGUUGGUAAGAAAAAAAUCAUAGGGGGAUUUGGGGAUGAGGAUCCAGGUUACAACAGUGAGGAUUUUCUAGAUAUUCUGUUGAGUGAAGAUGAAGAGGACAUGGGAAAGAGGUUUCCGAUUCACAGGCCCUUGAAGAACAUGAGUGAAUACAAGUGGGAAGUGGGCACCUUGUAUGUGUCAAGGGAGGAGUUCAAAGACUGUGCGACUGCAUAUGCUGUCAGUAGUGGAAGGGGUCUUAGAUUCUCUAAGGUGGAUCUAAGGAGGGUUAAAGUGGAGUGUGUGGAGGGUUGUGAGUGGUACGCAUACUGUGGAAAAUUGAAGCAUGAGCGAAGUUGGCAGUUGAAGAGUUGCAACAACAAGCACAACAAGCACAACUGCUCCAGGGAAUUGAAGAUUGGUAUCAUGCAUGCCAAGUGGCUGAGUAAAGUUUUUCUGAAUAAAAUUGCUGAGAACCCGAAGAUUAAGUUAACCACACUAAUGAGGAAAGCAUACACAAAGUGGAAUGUGGAGUUGACCAAAUCUAAGGCUUCUAGGACUAACCCCGGGUCUUCAGUGCAUUUGAAAGUCCAGAGGCCUCCGGAGUUUGCUUCUGAACGACCAGUGCCAGGGGUAGAUUUAAGACCCAGAUUCGAGAGGGUCUAUGUGAUGUUAGAUGCCUGUAGAAGGAGUUUCAUGGCUUGUAGGCCGAUGAUUGGGCUGGACGGCUGCUUCCUGAAAAUACCCUAUGGAGGCUGGCUCCUAAUUGCAAUGGGCUGGGACCCAAACGAUCAAAUCCUACCGAUAGCAUACGCAGUUUUCGAAGCUGAAACCAAGGACUCCUGGACAUGGUUUCUCCAGCAUCUGUGUAAUGACCUGGGAGUUGACAAGAUUAGGACCUGCACCUUCAUGUCUGACCAACAAAAGGGUUUAGUGCCAACUUUUGAGGAGCUUCUGCCUGGGGUUGACCAUAGGUUUUGUGUUAGACACCUGUAUGCAAAUUUCAAGAAGAGAUAUACAGGGAUCCAAUUGAAGUUAAUGAUGUGGAAUGCUGCCAAGGCUACUUAUUAUCAAGAAUGGGAAAGGAGGAUGACUGAGAUUCAGAAGGUGGAUCCAGGAGCAUACAACUAUCUAAUGGAGAUACCAACAAAAUACUGGUGUCGUCACAGGUUUGUGUGUAGACCUAGGUGUGACACUUUAGUUAACAAUAUGUGUGAAGUGUUUAAUUCUAUUCUGGUUGAGGCUAGGGAGAAGCCAAUAGUGACUAUGCUAGAGAAAAUUCGAGUUUAUAUAAUGAAACGUUGUGCUGACAAUAGGGAUAGGAUAAUGCCUUACAAUAGAGAUGUGUUACCACGAAUUAGAAUUAAAGUAGAAAAACAGGCAGAACUAAGUUGGAAUUGGGUGAGUGUGUAUGCUGGACGUGAUAGAUAUGAGGUGGUUAGCAUCCAGGGGGGAAGAAAAAAUUUGUGGUGGAUCUUAGGAAUCAUGAGUGCUCGUGUAGGAAGUUCCAACUGUCUGGGAUUCCCUGUGCACAUGCGAUGA